GGGAUGGCUCCUGGCACUCAAGUAAGCCCAGGAUGGUGAUUUGGGAUUUGGGGGAAAUCAGACUACUCACUAGCACUCAGGCCUAGGGGGCAGAGGGAUCAGGCACCUGCAGGAAGGGCUCAGAGGUGAUGAGCUCAGGGAGAAGACCGCUGUCCUCCCUAGGGCUUGCUGCCUGCUCUCCAUGGCUCCUGACUGCCUGGGAAAGCUGCUGCCUGCCCCACCUGGCCUUGGGAUGUGCUCACCUGCACAGGGGUGUACCUAGGGUGACCCUGGGCUCUGGGAACAUCCAGCUGGGACAACGCCUUGCCAGGCCACCGUAUCACUGCUGCAUGGGGGAAGAACAACUCUCACACAAGCCUGGAUGGACCACUGCCCAUGGCUGGGACGGGACAGGACCUUGCCCUGCCUGGCCACGAGCCACACAGCUCCCAGCUGCUAUAAAGCCAGCAGCCCUGGGGCACUGCCAUGUCUUCCCAGGAUGGCGUUCCUGUGGGCAGUCAUCUGCCUGGCCCUGGCCAGCACUGUUUCAGGCUGCGGGGAGCCCCAGAUCAGCCCCACAGUGCGGUACAGCGAGAGGAUCAUCAAUGGGCAGAACGCGGUGUCCGGCUCCUGGCCCUGGCAGGUGUCCCUGCAGACCCGCUCAGGAUCCCACUUCUGCGGCGGUUCUCUGAUCAACGAGAACUGGGUGGUCACAGCCGCCCACUGCGAGUUCAACCCAUCUUCCCACGUCGUCGUCCUUGGGGAAUACAACCUCAACUCCCAGUCUGAGUCUGUCCAGGUGAAGACCGUGUCGAAGGCCGUCACACACCCCAACUGGAACGCCUACACCCUCAACAACGACAUCACGCUGCUGAAGCUCUCCUCGGCCGCCCAGCUGGGCUCCCGUGUGUCCUCCGUCUGCCUGGCUGCUGCCAACCUGGCUCUGUCUGACACCCAGCAGUGCGUCACCACCGGCUGGGGACGCACCAGCACCACCUCCAACACUCUGGCGUCACGCCUGCAGCAGGUCUCUCUGCCCCUGGUCUCGCAGAGUCAGUGCCGGCAGUACUGGGGCAGCAGCAUCACCAGCGCCAUGCUGUGCGCCGGGGGGGCCGGAGCCUCUUCCUGCCAGGGCGACUCCGGGGGUCCCCUCGUGUACCAGAGUGGGAACGUCUGGACUCUGAUUGGCAUCGUCUCCUGGGGAAACAGCAACUGCAACGUCCGCACGCCUGCUGUCUACACCCGCGUCAGCUACUUCCGAAACUGGAUCGACCAAAUUGUGGCCCAGGGGUAGAGCUGUGGGGAUCGCUUCGCUCCAGCAGUGCCAGCACAGGGCUGAGCACAAAGCGAGGCUCACUUUGUUGCAGAGUAAUAAAGCAUGUGCUUGUGGCCA